AUGUCUGGAGAAUGGACUGGGUUGUGGGUUCUAUUUUGUGAUGAGUGUCCGUUCGCAUAUUAUGUUCAUUGCUUUGCUCAUCGGCUCCAAUUGGCUUUAGUAAGAGCAUCUAAACAAGUUAUAUCUAUCAAUCAAUUUUUCUCUUACUUGACUCGAGCAAUUAAUAUAGUUGGCUCAUCUUGCAAAAGCCAUGAUCAAUUAAGAGUUGCUCAGGCUGCAGAUAUUGCUGAAAAGCUUGCCAUUGAUGAUGAAUUCGAGACUAUCCUAAGAAACAUAAUUAAUGAUAGAAGCAUAUCGAAUCAACGAGCUGAGGCAGAUGGAGUUUAUGAUUCCAUUACAUCUUUUAAGUUUGCCUUCAUCUUAUAUCUUAUGAGGGAUAUCAUGGAGAUUACUGAUGAUCUUUGCCAAGCUUUGCAAAGUAAAUCUCAAGAUAUAUUAAAUGCAAUGCAUUUGGUGUCUACAACGAAGAUACUUAUUCAAAAAUUUAGAGAAGAUGGAUGGGUUCCAUUGUUGGAGAAAAUUAAAUUAUUUUCUAAUGAUCAUGUUGAUUCUCAGUUACAAGAAUUAAACAAUAGGUUUGAGGAAGAUGUAAUGGAAUUGCUUGUUCUUAGCUCUGCUUUGGAUCCUAGGGAUGGUUAUAGAUCAUUCAACAUUGAGGAUAUUUGCAAACUUGCAAAUAAAUUUUAUCCCAUGGAUUUCUUCGAGCAAGAAAAAUUACAUUUGAAGUAUCAGUUAGAAAACUAUAAGCUUGAUAUUUCCAUACUUCUCGAGUUUCAGAAGCUGUCAACCAUUUCUGAGUUGUGUCAAAUGUUGGCAAAAAUAAAAAAGUCAACAAGUUAUCCUCUUAUUGAUAGAUUGAUCCGUCUUGUGUUGACUUUACCUAUUUCAACUGCUACAUCGGAAUAUGCAUUUUCAGCUAUGAAACUCGUUAAGUCUAAAUUGCGCAAUAGGAUGGAAGAUGGUUUUCUGGCUAGUUACUUGAUUACGUACAUUGAAAAAGACAUUGCUCGAGGGUUUGAUGUAGACUCUAUCAUCCAUGCUUUUGAUAUUAUGAAAAAGCGUCGAGCUCAAUUGAAGAUGUCUAAUUUUAGUAAAUAA